CUCUCUUCUUUCUUUUCGUCGAAGACUUGGGGGUUGGUGUUGAUUCUCGCGAUAUUCUCCAUAAAACUCCCAAAUUCCUAGUAGCUUCGAAUUUCUCCUGCGAUUUCCGCGGGCUUCGAGGUCAAAAUCUCUGACACAAUGGAAGCGAGUGAUUGGAGAGCAAAGAUGCCGCCUGACUUACGACGAAAGGUUCUCGACACAGUAAUGGACAAGUUGAAGGGCCAUCUUCCUUCCUCUGGUUCAAGAGAUAUCGAUCAUCUCAGGCAACUUGCUGUUCGGUUUGAGGAGAGAACCUACCUCGCUGCGUCAGAUCAGAUGGAUUAUUUGCGGAAGAUCUCUGUGAAGAUGGUUACACUAGGGAGCAAAACUCAAAAUGCUCAAUCUGAUAAUUUGCAACCCCGCUCUUCGGCCUUUACAAACAAUCCUUCAGAUCAAGUCCAAGUCAUGAAUCAAGGGCAAUCAUUUCCGUCUUCAUUACCCGCUAACCAGACUCCGAUGAACCAGCAAUUUUCGUCGCAAAACAUUCAGAGCAACGGCAAUAUUCCUGGAUCUGCUGGCUUACCUCACGCCACUGUCCCAGGAGUUGUGGCUCACGACAAUGCAAAUAUCCGGAGUCCAUCUGGUGCCCGGAAUUCAUGUUUCCGUACCGGAGAAGGAGUACCGUCAAAUAUGCUCACCAGUUCUCAAAUACAGAUGCCGGGUAGGGCACAGAUCCUUCCUCAGCAGCAGCAGCUGCAGCCGCCGCAGAGUACCAACUAUAUGUACCAGCAGCAGAUGCAGCAUCGGCAUGGAAAUUUACGCCCUUCGCAUAUGCAACAACAACAGCAACAGCAGCAGCAACAUAACCAAAGCUCGGGACAACCUAUUCAGCAGACAUCGUCUGUUAUGUUGCAGCAGCGGCCUUUCGUGCAAUCUGCCGCUCCAUCUCGUCUCUCGUCGGUUCAACAAUCUUCAAUCCAGCAAGACCCUCGGUCAGUGCUUAGGCAGCAGCAUCAGGCACAACAGGACCAGUCCAUUCGUCAAAAGCCGAUGUCUAUGCCCAUUCCUCAGCAGAAGACGGUUCCUUCCUACGAACAGAAACAACAAGAGGAAGAACAAUUCACGAACCAACGGAUGAUUGGUCUGGAAACACAGUGUAGUAAUUUAACAGGGCAAGAAUAUACGUUAUCUUCCCAACAGAUAACCCAACAGAACAAUAUCGCUAUUCUGCAGCAGCAGAAGCAAGCGGUGGCACGGCAAAAUAUUCUCCAGCAACUUCUCGGACAUCAAAGUAAUGCUUCAGCCUUGUCCCCACAACAACAGCAAAAGAUCUCGGGGCUGCUCGGACCAGAGUCGGGACAAUCACAGGUACCGUAUCAGCAGAUGGCGAUGCAACAUACGAAUUUGGUACCGCAUAAUAUGCAACAAGGGUUUCGAGGAGCAGGUCAGAACGUGGCGGAGAAACAGAAGCAGAUAUGUCAGUUGCAAAAGGCUCCCGGCAAUUUAUCGGAUUCUGCAGGCAACACCGGAAACGCGAGUGGAGAUGAUUGGCGGGAGGAGCUCUAUCAGAAGAUAAAUGCCUUGAAGGAAACGUACUUGCCUGAUCUUACUGUGAUGCUCCAAAAGUUUGCCAUUAAAUUGCAGCAGAUUGGUUCUCUUCCGCAACAGCAAAUUCCAGAUUCCCAGACCGAGAAAGUGAGGAUCUUCAAGACGAUGUUGGAGCGAGUGAUAGAGUUUAUAACCGUCCCAAGGAGCGGUGUAUCGGAGAUGCACAGGGAUAGGUUCAGUUAUUGCGAGAAGCAGAUUGUGAAUUUAAUCAAGAAUCCGAGGCCUAGGAACCCAAUGCUGCAGCUGCAGCAGCAGCAGCCGGGGCAGCUUCUCGAUUCUCAGAUGCAUCCCAUACAUGAAGCAGCAACAAAAUCCAUGUCUCCACUGCCGGGGCAUUCGCCAUCAAACCCAAGCACGUUAAAUUUCCCGCCGGUGGGGAUUGAUGUCGAAUCAGGACGGGACAACAUGACGGGCUCGCCACAGAAUGUUGCAUUGGCUUCAUUCCAGCAGAAUCUUCCAGGUACUUCCCGGCUGUUACACUCGAAUCUUAGCACGAUGGUUCAGUCCCGAUCCAGUGUGCUUGAGCAGCUUCAGCAGCAGCAGAAACACAUUGUACAGAACCAACAGCAAAAACAGCUGAUUCAGCAACAGGCGAUGCAGAGGCAGCGGAUCAUCCAGCAGCAGCAGCAGCAGCUUCAAAUGCCAUCUCCACAUCAAGCAAACGGCACGGAGGAUCCGAGGAUGAGGCGGGGGAUGAAUAAUAUUCAAGCGGGUUUACUUCAGAAACGCCAACUCUCUUCUCUUCACCAGUCUAAACCAGUUGGGACCCAAUUGCUGCUGCACUCAUCUCCUCUGUUGGACCAUCGGAAUCUUCCGGAAACAGCCUCUAAAACUGGAACACCGCCUCAGUCUGUUGGCUCGCCUUUUGUAGUUCCAUCUCCUAUAACUCUAACUCGCUUGGCUCCGUCUCCAAUGCCUGGGGAUCCUGAAAAGCACUUAUCUAUCGAGGCUCCAAUUCCACAUGAUUCAAAUGUGAAGGAGCCACAAAGAACUGGUGGGCAAGCUACAACAGUUCAGUCCUCUUCUCGUUUUGCUGUGGUUAAACCAUCCCCGCCUCUGCUCGAGCCAAGUGUGGUGGAGCGUCCUAUUGAUCGUCUGAUCAAAGCGUUUCGCUCAUCAUCACCCAAAUCCUUGGCUGAAUCUGUCGGUGAGAUGGGCUCGGUUAUCAGGCUGAUGGAUAGGAUUUCGUCAUCGGCCCAGUAUGAUGGAUCUAGAGCUGCUGUGGGUGCGGAUUUGGCUGCCAUGACAAAGUCCCGUUUGCAAGUGAGAAAUUUUACGAAACGUGAAGGAAUGAAGCGAUCCCUGAGCCCUCUGCCUUCGGAUAUUGCAUCAUCAAUUUGCGAUGGGAGCAACGAUUGUGAUGGCCGGCUUAUUCUAGAAUCUGACACAGCAUCGUCUUUCACAAAAAGACAGAAGAUUGAGCCUGACAGUGCCCUCCUGCGAGAAAUAAAAGAGAUAAACCAAAGAUUUAUAGAUACAGUGGUACAUAUAUGCGAUGGAGAUGAUAAUUUAAGUCGAGAAACUUCCAUAGAACGAGGUGAAGGAACCGUGGUCACGUGUUCUUACGUUCCCGUGGCUCUCAGUCCAGCCUUCAAAGCUCUUUACGCUUCAAGACGAAGCUUGCAGAUUCAGCCAUUGCGUUUGCUAAUUCCCGGAAAUUACCCGGAUAGUUCCCCUAUUCUUCUGGACAAGUUCCCAACUGAAGCCAGUAAUGGCUACGGGGAUUUAACUGUGAAAACCAAGUCGAGAUUCAUCCUGUCUUUGAGGACAGUUGCAGAACCGAUGUCUCUUAAAGACAUAGCAGGAAUAUGGAACGCUUGUGCUCGAGCAGCCGUGGCUGAGUUCGCAGAGGGACAGGGAGGUGGUAGCUUCAGCUCCAAGUCUGGUCCAUGGAAGAGCUGCUUAAUCUCUUCGUGAUUUUUUCUGAUUCGGACCAAAGUUGGUUGAUGCUCUCUGAUCGGCUUGUUUUAAGGGGGUUCUUUUUUGGAAAGCCGGUUACUUGCACCUCAAGUUAGGGUUUGUUUAAGCUCUUCUUGAUGUAUGUUCCGGACACAUCCCCUCACAAGUUGGUUAACGGUUGUACUCUCCAAUCGGCUCUGUUUUAGGUGUUUCUUGUCUUUGCUGUUUGUUUGGCAACUUAGUUGCUUGUACCCAAAGUUAGGGGUUUCAUGUUUUGUUUCAUCAACUUUUUUUAGGGGCCUCUUGACUCUUUACUGUUUGGAAGUAAGUUGCUUGUACCCCAAGUUAGGGGUUUCA